AUGUCGGCUACAGGCAAGAAAGAGAUUAAAACAGUCGCUAUAAUCGGCACCGGCGUUAUAGGAGCCAGCUGGACAGCAUUAUAUCUGGCCCGAGGGCUUAAGGUCCUAGUGACGGAUCCUGCUCCGAACGCAGAGAAGAACCUCGAGACAUACUUGAACGCACAAUGGCCAACACUUACUCGAAUUGGUCUCAGCGAAGGCGCUUCUCUAACAAAUUAUACCUUUGUGGAAUCACUGGAUAACCACUUCGACGAGAUUGAUUUCAUACAAGAGGUACCGUUUCCUGUACAGAUACUGUCCGCCAUCCUACUAACCGCAACCAAGAAUGGCCCCGAGCGGCUAGAAUUCAAACGCACUCUGUUCGCCUACCUAGACGAAAAAGCACGCCCAGAGAUCAUAAUCGCAUCUUCGUCGUCCGGAAUCCCAUCGUCCGAAUAUGUGUCAGCGUGCCGUCAUCACCCCGAACGGGUUCUGGUCGGGCAUCCUUUCAACCCACCACAUUUGAUUCCUCUGGUGGAGGUUGUGCCACAUGCAUCGACAGAUCGAGAGACUGUUGUCCCACGAGCUAUGGAGUUCUACAAGAGCCUCGGAAAGAAGCCGGUGCUUAUCCAGAGAGAGAUCCCCGGGUUCAUCGUCAACAGACUUCAAGCUGCCGUAUUGAUGGAAGCAUAUAGUUUGGUGAGCAGAGGUAUUAUUUCUGCGGCUGACCUAGAUACCACAAUGACGUCUUCUCUUGGUCUACGGUGGGCGCUCAAUGGACCUUUUGCCCUGAACGCUAUGGCGGGCAAUGGGAGUUUUCAGCACUUCUUGGAGCAUCUUGGUCCGGCGGCUAAAUCGUGGCAUGAUGACAUGCAUGAGCAUACGUUUGAAAUGACGCCUCAAGCAAUCCAGGAUUUAAGCAAAACAGUCGAACCGACGGUGCAGGCAACUGAUUUGGAUGCUUUACAGAAGGAGAGAGAUGAUGUACUCUUGAAACUUAUGGACAUGAAGUCGAAGUCAUCUCUGUUAGACUAG